AUAGAGCUCAGUUCAGAAACGAUUUAUUAGAAUCAGCACUGGUAUUUAAAACAACUGUGCAUCUUUUUAGAUAGAAAUCAUCAGUGUUUCCGACAUGUUGAAGUUAGUAAAGCUGCGUGUUGGUGCGUUUCGGUGCAGCUCUGCAGUUCGGAUUAAAUGUGCAGGACAGAGUGUGAAUGGAGGAACUUAUCUGAGGAGACAGAUGUCCAGUAACCGGUACAACGUUCCACCGAGUGCUGAGCAUGUAGCACGAGUGUCUGGAAUCGCCACCAUGGCCAAGUUACCCUAUCAGUCCACAGCCGAGGGUCUGGACGCUGCAUUCAUCGGAGUGCCCAUCGAUACUGGCACCUCUAACCGACCUGGUGCAAGGUUUGGCCCUCGUCAGAUCAGGGCAGAAUCUGCCAUGCUGAGGCUUUACAGUGGUACAGGUGCAGCACCCUAUGAGUCCCUGAAUGUUGCAGACAUUGGUGAUGUCAACGUCAACUUGUAUGACCUCAAAGACACCUGCAAACGGAUCCGGGAGGCAUACCGCAAAGUCCUCACAACCGGCUGUAUACCCCUUACACUGGGGGGCGAUCAUACAAUAUCGUACCCGAUUCUACAGGCGGUAGCAGAAAGACACGGUCCGGUGGGUUUGGUUCAUGUGGAUGCUCAUGCUGACACCGGUGAUGUACUUCUGGGGGAGAAGAUUGGACAUGGCACUCCAUUUAGGCGAUGCGUGGAGGAGGGACUGCUGGACUGUAAGCGUGUGGUUCAGAUCGGCCUCAGAGGAACCGGCUACUCACCUGACGGCUACACAUGGAGCAGAGAUCAGGGAUUCCGUGUGGUGCGGGUUGAGGAGUGUUGGCACAAAUCUUUAGUGCCACUCAUGGCUGAGGUUCAGGCUCAAAUGGGCACAGGACCUGUAUACAUCAGCUUUGAUAUUGAUGCGUUGGAUCCUGCGUAUGCCCCUGGCACCGGGACACCUGAGAUUGCUGGCCUCACACCUGUUCAGGGGUUGGAGAUCAUUCGUGGCUGCCGAGGUCUAAACAUUAUAGGCUGUGAUUUGGUGGAAGUCGCCCCACCAUACGACACUACAGGAAACACUGCUCUGACUGCUGCUAACCUGCUUUUUGAAAUGCUGUGUGUCCUUCCAAAGAUCAAAUAUCCCUGAUUUAAAUAAAGUGGUAAAAAUA